AAAAUAGAACUAUUAUUACAAAACUGAGAACGGACAAUCCGGAUAUAAUAAUUGGCAAACUGGCUCCCCAAAACGUAAUGAUUAAAACUUCCGUCAAUACAUACAUGAAGGCACACUGUAAAACGUCGUCGUAACGAAGCUUCCAUCGUCAAACAAAACGGCAUCGUCUAAGUUGGUUCACACUUUCUCUUUAUUUAUCCUCAAAACCUACCUUCUCCCCGUUGUCCGAAAACUCUUCUGCGUAAUCCUCUAGAUCUGUUCGAUUUCAAACAUCUGUAUUCCCAAAUCUGAGAUCAUUCUCAGAUCUUGUCCGUACAGGUUUUGUCCGUAUGCUGUUUUCCCAGAUCUGUAAUAAUAACACUUUCUUAUGGCGGAGACUCUCAAAGAAGAUUCCAUCAUGAUUCGAGAGGUUUGGAACGAUAACCUCCUCGAAGAAUUCGCGUUAAUCCGUGAGAUCGUUGACAAAUACACAUACAUCGCCAUGGACACUGAGUUCCCCGGCGUCGUCCUCAAACCCGUCGAGACUUUCAAACACAACAAUGACCUUAACUACCGAACCCUCAAAGAAAACGUGGAUCUCCUCAAACUGAUCCAACUCGGUCUAACCUUCUCCGACGAGAACGGUAACCUCCCGACAUGCGGGACCGACAAGUUCUGCAUCUGGCAGUUCAAUUUCCGCGAGUUCAACAUCGGUGAAGACAUCUACGCGAGUGAGUCUAUCGAAUUGUUGCGUCAGUGUGGGAUUGAUUUCAAGAAGAACGUCGAGAGAGGGAUCGAUGUGGUUAGGUUCGGUGAGCUUAUGAUGUCUUCGGGGAUUGUUUUGAACGAUUCGAUCUCGUGGGUUACGUUCCAUGGAGGUUAUGAUUUUGGGUAUUUGGUGAAGUUGUUGACUUGUAAAGAGUUGCCGAUCAAGCAAGGUGAUUUCUUCAAGCUGUUGUUUGUGUAUUUCCCCACGGUUUAUGAUAUUAAGUACUUGAUGACGUUCUGUAACGGGCUGUUUGGAGGGUUGAACAGGCUUGCUGAGCUUAUGGGUGUUGAGAGAGUUGGGAUUUGUCAUCAAGCGGGCUCGGAUAGUUUGCUCACGUUAGGCUCGUUUAGGAAGCUUAAGGAACGGUACUUCCUUGGGUCGACUGAGAAAUACACUGGAGUCUUGUAUGGUCUAGGUGUGGAAGAUUCUGUUGCUAAUUAGGUUUUUAGUCUUUGUGAGUGUGGAGACCAAUUAGACUUUGUGUUUGUGUAAAUUGGUUUUUUUAGUAAGUGUUUGUUGUGUCUUUUUUUUCUUUUCAGGGAAAACCUCUUUGAUCAAUUUGAGGAGGGGUUGUUGUUAAUGUUUUAGCUUUUGAGUUUCUGAAUGUAUAUCAUUUCAGCUACCUCGUUUCAUUAAUAAAUAAUCUCCA